UGUGUUUGUGGAAGCCUGACAAGGAGCACCGAACGGUCCAUAUUCGGUCGAACUCGGCUGAAAGCUUGAAUCUUCAACCGCAGUGUAACACCUCACUCUCUUUGCCGGGCCUCGAUUGUUUAAGCUGCCAGCCAUUCGUUCUUCAGCCGGCGAUCUAGAAAUAUCUCGGCUUGCAUUCGUUCAAACACUUCCAUCGUCAAUCACUGAGGCGCCAAGGUCAGUCCCACUUUGACGGUGAUCAAGAUGCUGCGAUCUGUCUUCGCUCUCGCGGCUGUAGCCCAUCUGUCAGCAGCCUCGCCGACCUACAAAAUUCCGUUGGCCAUGUCCAAGGCAAUGCUCGAGAGCGACGGCUGCAUCCUGCCCGAGGCCUUCGUGGUCCAGAACUUCUAUAUCUGGACGCCCUCCGCCGGCAACAACAGCAGCCGGGUUAUCAACUUCGACUAUGCCGAUAACAGCACCAGUAUCAAUACCAAGUGCCACUUCAACGCCACCUCGGUCAACGUUGGCUCGGAGGGGCUUGCACCCAGAUAUGCCUGCGACAACACCGUCGUCCAGUUCAUCUGGGAGGACGAGCGGCUUACCAUGAUCGAGAAGGCCUGCCCGGAGAACAGCCAAUUCGAAGCGGCCGGCUCGGUGACGCCUCAUCUCGUCUGCAGCAAGAGUGCGGUGAACAGCACGGUUGGCGCGGGCAAUGCCUGCUCGUCAAUGCAGAAGAGCAUGGCUGCCAACUUCACCAGCCUUCAGCCGACGCCGAAAUGAGCGGAUCUUUGGAUCGACGGAAACCUGACGGGGAAUCGUGGUUAAGGGAAGCCGUGGGACCGCUGGUGCGGCAAGCGAGGUGGCAUGCGACGCUUCAGCAGAAGAGGC